AUCAUAUUUCUGUUAUCAGUAGUGGCAUCCUCGAUGUGCUGACAAGAUGGGUAUUAUUCAUUCAACAAUGGAUGUAAGCCAUGCGAUUCCUCAUGAAAGACUUGAUCCUCAGAUGCAAGUUGAGACACUUGUGAACUUUUUAUGCAACUUUCAGCUUCUAAUUUUUGAGAAUAUUGUCCAGAUGGAGAAUACUUCGAUUUCACCUCCAAACUUUGCAGAAGCUGCCCUAGCACUUGUGAUGGAGCUUGAGCAUAUCAGAGUAGCUGAUUUGAGUGUCCAGUUGAUCAGAGUUUAGAUUUGAAGACUUUGGAAUGAGUUGAUAGUUGUGACUCAUUAACCCAGGUCAAAUUAACAGGUUUACAAAUCUCAUUUCCGAGUGUUUGCAGAGAUUUUGAAUAUUACGUAGAUCCUACUUCCACCGAGAUUAUUGAGCUUGGAACUCAAAAGUAUCCCUACAGAACAUUGAAAUCAGUGACAUCAGAGAUCCUAAACCACCUGUCUCACAAACAAGUAGAAGUCACGAUCUACACCAAAGAUGUCUACUUAGAAGACAAGACAAUGCUCUUCAUCAAUAUCACAAACAUAAAAAUUACAACUCAUCCUGAUUUCAUUCCAUGCGGUCGCAAGGCCAGACUCACCCUCACAGAAUUCAUCCAACCUACCCUCAGCUCCAAAGCAAGGGUUCACUUACUAUCUCACACAGAUCUCCCAUUCAAAGCACUAAUCACAGAAGGCAACUUCACUGACUCUGAAAAAACACAGACAGAUAGCUUGAAUUCCAACUGCAUCGUUCGGUCAGGAAUAGAAUUCAACAACAUUGAUAUAUACAGAGAGCAAAUUGACCAUAGCAAGGACAUUCUAUUCCUGCAAGCGAUCUAUCUCCAGAACAUGGACAUCAGAUUUAUCAAUACAUUCAUCAACAUAAGUGGACAAGUGCUCUUAACAAUAGACCCGUUCAACCUGGUAAUUCAUGACUCAAAGAUUGAUAUGUUCACGCUGACAAUGCAAUUUUUGAUGUAUGCUGGGUGUAAUUACCCAGAAGCAUACACAACUGCCACUAUCGAUGUGAGGAACUAUACAAUGAUGAACUCUAAAGACCGGGUUAUAAAUAGGAAUCCAUAUGGGAUUGAUUCAAACCAUGCGGGUAAUUGGACAAUCAAGGAUCUUGAUGCGACGACUUACUAUGGAACCAUCACUAACGUUGUCUCUUCUAUUAGUAUUGUCCAAUUUCCUAAUUGUAAUCCUGAUGAUGAUUUGAUCAAAACUAUUGAUAUUGAUGGGGCAGAUUUCAGUCUGCCAGACUCAGAUCCUUCAAAGAUUAGCGGGUUUCAUAGUGAUAUAUCAGUGCAGCAUUAUCGGCCGAUACAUAUCAUUGGGCAAAAUUUGCAUUUCUUCAAUUUAUCAUAUCCAGGAUUUCCUCUUCUUGCUUUAGGAGGUACUCAAAUUGACACUCUGUAUAUUAAGAGUAUGAAGGUUACAAAUUGAGAUUUAGUUGAUGCUCUGUUUUAUUCAGCAAUGGUAAAAGAGGUUAUUUUUGGAGAUAAUACUCAAGCAGAACCCUCAAUUGAGAUUGAUUCUUUAUCAAUUAUGAUACCUUCUGCUUUCUUGGUUCAGUAUCUUCAAAAAUUUGAGAUAAAUAAUCUCAAAUUAACUAAUUUUACUGGCUCUCCUGCAGUCGAUCUAGCAUUUAUCCAAUUUAUGCUAUUCCCAAAUUCUAUAUUUCAGGUUCGAUCUUUAGAAGUGAUUCAAUCUAACUUCUUACGUUCAAAGUUGGUAUUGCAAUCAGAAUUUAUGAAUCAAGUAAUUUUUGAAGACAUAAGUGUAAAAAGUUGUUUAAUCAAUCCUUCAAGCAGCUUAUUUUCUUUGAACAGUAUUCAAAGUAUUCAGUUUUCCAAUGGAAUUUUUGAUGGAAUAGUUGUUAGUGAUCCAAACGAUAUUUCUAGUUCUAUUAUCAGCUUGGAAGACUAUACCUUACAAAAUCCUCUCAAUUCUCAGAUCCUUAAUGUUGAGGUGUUUACUAGUCAAGUAUCAGUGUUCAACAUUGAGAAGUUGUCUGGAAGUGCACUGGAAGAGCAGAUUUUUGAAUUUACAAAUAUUUUUGUGCAUGACAUGAUCAUUCCGAGUUCAAGAAGUCUCAUUGAUACAUCUGGUUUUGUAGGUACUGGAGACCUCAAAGUCAUAAUGGAUAACCUCACUUUUGUAAGAGUUAAUUAUAGCAGAAGUGGAAAUAACCUCAAAUUCAGUCAUAGUCUAGAUAACGAAAUCAUUGUCAAGAAUUCGCAUUUCAGUAACUCUGAUUCCUCAUCGAUACUCCUGGAUAGAUCUGGGGAUGGAUCUGAUGUCAGAACUGUUGUAAAAUUUGAGAAUGUCACAUUCUCUAACAACAUUGUUAAGAAUAAAGCAGCUAUCCAAGCUAGCAAUGCAGUGAAACUGAUUUUAGUUGAUUCUGUGUUUACUCAGACAGGUUCACUUUUUGAAAGAUCCACACUCUUUCAUUCAGAAGAAGGCUCUGAACUUGUAAUUACAAACUGAGAGUUCAGUGAGAACUAUGGACUUGCAGCAUCCCUGUUUACUAUGGAGUCUGGGUCACAUGUUCAAUGUUCUAACUGAACAAUUAAGAAUAACUUUGCACUAUCUGGAGGACUUGCUAGAGCUAUAAACAAUGGAUAUUUCAGCAUUGUAAACUCAACAAUCACACAGAAUCAUGCAAUCCAGGCUUCAAUUGCUCAGAUUUUUGAUGCCUCUGAAACCAGUACAGUCGAUAGUUCUGAGCUGUUCAAUAAUAGCCCGAUCACGAGUAAUGAAUACGAAUCAGAGACGACUUCAUGUUCCAAGCUGUGUUUCCUGUCUGAUGAGUUUAAACAGUAUGUGGAAAAUGAUAAUUUGCAUAAACUGGUCGAGUCCCAAGUGCUGUUUGAAGUUAUUUCAGGGUCUUUUUCUGUCAGAAACAGCUCAAACAUUCACUCUGAGCAGCACCCAAUUCUGAGCUUAAUGUCAGACAUUGAGAUUGAUUCAUCAACUCUGAGAAACCUCUCGUUCUCAUCAACAUCGAUCAAAGUGGCCACUUCAACAAUUGUUCUGAACAAUGUAACUUUCGAAGACAUAUUUGCAGAAGCAAACUCAGAGCUGAUACUUGGAGAUAUUGGAAGUGUCCUUAACCUGACAGAUAUCAUCUAUAAAUCUUCGAAUGCUCUAUUCUUGAGAAUUUCUUCAAGCCAGCUUUAUGCAAACCAAGUAAUGAUCGAGAACAUCCAUACCCCUCAAGUACUGCUGAAUAUUGAGAAAGCAGAAAGGGUUUCAUUGAAUAAUUUUGAAAUCAUAAAUUCGACAGUGACCUCAGAUGAAUUGGUGCAUGUCUCAAGGUCUGCUCAAGUCGAAAUGGAUGGAUUUGUUGCAAGAAAUAACACUGACAAGAAUGUGAUGUCGAUCACCAAUUCUCAUGUUUCUCUUCUUCAAAAUCUCAACAUCAAAAGCUCUCUAAGAGCACUAGAAAUCAUCCAGACUAUCAUUGAUAGGAUUAAUGGGUCUACUUUCAUCAAUAAUGGGAACAUUGAUUCCAGUACCGGAGGAGCUAUCUUGGUGCAGAACAGCAAAGUUAGGAUUGAGAACUCCACUUUUAAUCACAAUGCAGGCUUGAAAGGAUCCGCCAUCGCUUUUGAAUGCACAUCUUUAGAACUUUGAGAUUUAUCACUGGAUGAUGUUAACUUUACAAAUCAGAGGGCAUCUCAACAAGGUGGAGCCAUAAACUAUAAUUAUAAACCUCCAGUUAUCACUAACUGCACAUUUACAAACAAUAGUGCCCAGUACGGACCUGACAUAGCAAGCUACCCAGUCAGAAUCAGAAUGACACAAGACAUACACUCGGAUAUGAGCCUGACAAAUGUAGGUCCUGGCAUUGGAUUGGACUCUUCAAUCAAACUUUCCCUAUUAGACUUUGACAAUCAGACAAUGGUAAUGAAUAAUGAUGAUCAGAUUUCAAUAUUUGCAGUAGACACUCAGAGUUCUUCAGUUAGAGGCACCAACACAGUUCAACUCGAAAAGGGAGUCUCAGAAUUUGACUCUAUCCAGUUUGUGUCUGAGAUUGGCUCUAAAAAUGUCAAGUAUAGAGCAGUAUCUAAAGCUAUUGACAAUACCAAAGUAAACAAACUCUUCAAUUCCUCAUUAGUGGAGAACCAGAUCACUGUGAAUUUCAGAUUUUGCAAACCUGGUGAACGCAUUGACAACCAAAAUAUAUGAACUGAAUGAUCAGCUGGCACUUACUCACUCAAAUGGAACUCUACUUUCUGUUCUAAAUGUAUGAACAAUGCUUUCUGACCUGGUAAAGAGCAAAUACAAGUCACUUCCGGACACUGGAGGAACACUAGAAACUCUACUGAGAUCAAGGAAUGCUUAAAGUCAGAUGCCUGCAAGGGAGGGUUCGAUCUUGACUCCACCCACCCAGUUGAAUGAGCAGAAGGAUACACUGGAAACCUCUGAAGCAAAUGAGUGGUCACUAAGAAUGUGAAGUAUGCACAAACUGGAGAUUAUGAAUGCUCCAAAUGCCCUAAUCCAGUGUUAAAUGCAAUCAGAGUUGUUGGUGCUGCACUUCUAGUGUUUGCAUUUCUAUGCUUCAUGAUUAUUAUUAACAUCAGGAAGACAAAAGAAAGUAAUUUAUCGGUUCUUUUCAGGAUCCUGACUAACUACAUUCAGAUUGUUUCAACCUCAAUCAGCCUGACUGCCAACUACCCAAGUUCUGUGACAUCGUUCUUUUCUAUAGUCGAUGAGAUUGGGUCUUCAAGUGAAACUUUCCUGUCAUUCGAUUGAUUCAUUGAAGAUUAUGAAGUGAAAGGUCCAUUUAGUUCAAACUCAGUGUUCAAACUAUUCUUGAUGGGUCUGUUGCCUAUUAUCCUAUUUACACUAGUUGCAUUAAUAUGGGUAAUUAUCAAAACUAUCGGGCCUUCCUCAGUAAAAAGCCUUGAGAGAAAUUUUGUUAUAUCCUUCAUUUCAAUCUUAUUCUUGCUGCAUCCAACGAUCACUGAACAAAGCUUUGGACUGUUUAGGUGUGUGGAGAUUGAUGAAGGAGUAAAUAAAGUUAGAAUAGAUAUGGAUAUGGAUUGUUACUCAUCAAGACAUUUAAAGUAUUGCCUGAUGAUAGCAGUCCCAAUCAUCUUGAUAUGGGUAAUAUGCUUUCCACUCAUCGCUCUGAUUCUGUUGAUAAAGUAUAUCAACAAACCUGGAGAAAACAAGAUCAAAAAUUACUUCUUGAUCCUGUUCCAGGGAUUGAACAAAUCUUCAUUUUAUUGGGAGUUUGUUAACACAGCAAGGAAGAUAUCUGUGAUCAUCACCUUUCCUUUCAACACUACUACCAGGCUAUUAUGUGCUUUGAUUGUUUUAAUUGUAUUCACAAGACUAAACGACACUUUGAAACCCUACAAAGAAAAUGCUUUCAACUCACUUGAAAUCUCAGGUUCAAAUGCAGGAAUUGUAAUACUCGCUGCAGGUCUAGUAUACUCCCAAGAUGAAGAAGUAAACUCCCUCAACACCAUAAUGAUGAUCAUAAUGAUAGUCUUCAACUGCCACUUCAUCCUGGAAUGGACUUACCAAUUCCUAAACCUAUACCUCACCCAGUACAAACUCCUACGCCCACUGUCCGCCCUCCUACGAAUCCUUCUCCUCAAGAAGAAACCGACCCCUCCUCCCUCAGAAGCCCCUUCCCACCCAAUCAACCAACCCUCAUCUCCCAGGAAGAAAAAGUCCAAGUCCAAGUACAAGCACAAGAAGUUGCUGAAGAAGAAGCAUUGCAAGAAGAAGCGCAUCAGGUUUGCCCACCAGUCCAGGAGAGACAUGAAGAGUCCAGACAAGUUAGCCAAGGAUCCAUCGUAUCUCAAGAAAGUUUUAGAAGAAGGAGUCAUCUUUGAUGAUUUGAGUGAAACAGACAGAGCACUUAUGUUGAAUAAAAUUAGCACGAGAAGAGGAGGAAAACUGUUUUGGCCCUCUGCUAGAAAAAAUGAAUUGUCGAUAGAGGGGAGAUCAAGUCUAGAAGAUGGCAUUGAUUUAUAUCAAGAAAAUGGAUUCUCGUUGCAGAAAAGCAUACAAGCACCACAGAUGUUUGCAAACUUGAAGGAAGAGUCCAAAAGUCAUCCUUCAAGAGACAGCCUUGAAAUCCCAGUAGCAAGUUCCUCUGACAACCCAGACUCAUUAAUCCCUGCAGAUUUGAUUUUAGAAUGAAGUAAGGAAUCAAACGAAGAGAGCUCAAAAUUCAAAACCCCAAAAAACCCAAUAAAUGCUUCAUAUGCUUAA